AUGGGUUUGCUCAUUUCAAAAAUAUGGAGCCUUUUUGGGAACGAAGAACACAAGUUAGUGCUAGUAGGCUUGGAUAAUGCUGGCAAAACGACAAUAUUAUACCAGCUAUUGCUGGGUGAAGCUGUGCAUACAAGACCUACUAUAGGCUCUAAUGUUGAAGAAGUUGUGUGGAGAAACUUACGUUUUGUUAUGUGGGACCUUGGUGGACAACAGAGCUUGCGAUCUGCAUGGAAUACUUAUUACACAAAUAGUGAAUUCGUGAUCAUGGUGAUCGACUCGACGGAUCGGCAGCGGCUGGCCAUUAGCCGCGAGGAGCUGCACCGCAUGCUGUCGCACGAGGAGCUCGGCAAGGCGUGUCUGCUUGUGUUCGCCAACAAACAGGAUGUGAAGGGUUCGAUGUCUGCGGCGGAGAUCUCCGAGCAGCUGCAGCUGACGUCCAUCAAGCGGCACCCCUGGCACAUACAGGCCUGCUGCGCGCUCACCGGCGAGGGCCUGCACUUGGGCCUGGAGUGGAUCGCGAGCCGGAUAAAGAAGAAA